AGACAGAGAAGAAGACAGUGAAAGAGACACAGCAAUCGAUUCAACCAUGGGUGGACCGCAGUACGAUUUUCUGUCGAACCCAUUGGGUGCGGUCAGAUCUACCUUCGAGAAAGCCAUGGCCUCCGUUUCCGACCCCUCCUCCUUCAACAGCGGCGAUUGGGGCGCCAUGGACCUCUUCACCAACUUCCUCUUCGACCAAUCUCACCACCUUCAGGUUCCAGUUCUUACUCCUGCCUCUAUGAGAUGGAUAAAACCCAAUACUCUAGUUCGUUUUCGUGGGAUGAUACAGGACAUGCUUGGAAAUGAAUUUUAUGUUGGCGCUUACAAGGAUGGAGCCGUGUGGAGGACCAACAAGUUCAUGGAUGUUUCUCAAUUCCCCAUUGGUCCCUCCGCAGAUACGCGAAUUUGGGAACGUCGUCUACUUUACUGUGUUCCGGUUCCUGGAUUGAAUUCAUGGGCUCAAAUUCCAUCUGAAGCAGUUACUGAUCAAUGUAUGGGUUGGAAAUCCGAGCAAAGAGAAAAGCGCCCAAGAGCAGAAGCCGAGUGUUCUGAUAUGACUGUCUCAUCUGAAGAGGAUCAAGGUUCUCCUACUACUAAAAAGAUGAGAGAAGGUGAACAACCUUCCCUUGCUUCUCAAUCUCGAGAGUCUGAGAUUGCUAGCUCUAGUUUUAGUCCGGCGCCGGUUCCUGAAGGGAAUUCACUUCAUUGUCUGGUGAAGGUAUAUGAUUCUCCGGAGUCUGAAUUGAAGCUGAAUGAAAUUUUCGAAUUUGUGGGUAUACUUACAUCUGAUCCAGAGAUUCAAGAAGACAAUGUAGAUAAUGAUUUAUCAAAUGAAUUUUGUGAGGAUCCUUUACGCCAUUUCCCACCUAAUAAGGUAGUACCACGCUUUCAUUGUUUUGUUCACAGAAAACUUGCAGCUCACGACUUUCUUCAGAAUAACCCUAUUAUAGAGCCUAAGUUGGACAUGGUCAAAGGGAUUAGGGAAGCUUUGCUUAGACAUCUCACAGCUGUUCUUGGAAAUGAUGAUGUGGCUGCUCAUUUCAUGUUGCUACAUCUCCUAUCCAAGGUGCAUAGUAGAGUAGAUUCUCUUGCUGUGGGCAAGCUUUCACUAAACUUGACCUGUUUUAGCAAAGAAAUUGUAUCUAUAUUUGGAAACCAAUUAAACGUUGUUGUCAAGAACCUCAUGCCUUUCACACAUUGCAUACCCCUCACAGUGGAAUACUUGAACACUGCUUCACUAGCGCCAAAAAAGAAUUAUGAAACCAACAGACUGGAAACUGGAGCCUUGCAACUAGCUGAAGGUUCACAUUUGAUUGUUGACGAGACCAAGUUAGAAGCUGGAACCCUUAACUCUUUGGGUGUAGAGAAUGCAAGGUUGCUGAAUAAUUUAGUGGAGUGGCAAAAGGUGGAGUAUGAUUUCAAGUAUUAUAAAAUGGAUAUGACAACUGAUGUACAGCUGCUAGUUUUGUCUGAGGGGAAAUCAAAUAUCUUGCCAGCUGAUGUAAUUGUACCUUUCCGGCCCUCUGCAGCCAAUUGCUCUGAAGCUGUGACUGCAGAAGCUUUAGAAGCUUGGAGGUGGUACUUGGCUACUGUUAGACAGCUGCCACACUCCAUUGAAUCAGAAAUGCAGCAGGUGGUAGAAAAUGAUUUAGUUGCAGCAAGACAAGCAGACCGGAGCUUGAAUGCCCAAGAUUUAAGCAGAUGGUUAACAAUGAGCCGUCUCAUGUCAUUGAGCUUCGGUGAGACUAGCCUGUCCCUCGAACACUGGCAAAUGGUCAAGGAACUGGACAGACUGCGGAAAGAGAGGCUAAAGUGAGUUGUCCAGUGUUGAUGUCUUGAUUUCAGCCAGAGAUUCAGGGAUCGAAAUGGAUGCAGUUGGAUGGUCUUGAAUCUUGAUUCCCAGAAUUGUCUUCUAGUUACCUACUACAUAAUUUAACUCAUGGAUGUGAAUUAUAAUUGAAAGAAUCAAACAGUGAGUUCCAUAAGUUGUGCAUUUCAGUAAAAGCAAUACAAGGCCAUUUCAUGGUAAUAGUAAUAACAUGUGACAAUGUGAGCGUUCCAUCAA